UGGCUGAGAGAGAAGUGAUGGUUUCUCUCAUUGCACCCAGGGAGAAAACUAUAAGAAGAUAGCUUGGGAGAGCUCCUGGAAGGUGGUUGGUUUGUGUAUGUGUGAUGGCACAAUGGAUGGUCAAAAGGCAAGAGAGUGUCUCCCUGAGGCAGCUACCUGCACCCUGUGUCAGAAGCUGUUCAAUGAGCCAGUGACUUUAGACUGUGGCCAUAACUAUUGCAGUGCCUGCAUUGCCCAGCAAUGGGCAGGAUCUCAAACCAAUGUCUCUUGCCCUCAGUGCAAAGCGAUCUUUGCUCAAGCGGCUCUCAAGCCCAGCACGCAGCUGGCACGAAUCACCUGGCUUAUCAACAAGCUCAAGGUAUACGAGGAGAUGGCCUUGAAGGACAGGAAGGUGUGCCCAAUUCACCAUGAGCCCGUGCGACUCUUCUGCAAGGAUGACCAUGUUUUCCUGUGUGCCAAGUGUGACAGGUCCGCCGCUCACUGCGGUCACAUUGUUGCUUCUGUAGAAGAUGCUGCCCAGGAAUACCAGUAUGAAAUCAAGGUCCUGUUGGAUGUUCAGAGGUACCACCGACAGGUCAUCCACGAUUCUUUUUUAGAUGUGCAACUGGAAAAGCGCAAUCUGCUGAAACUUAUAGAAGACGGAGCCCAGAGGUUUAGUGCAGAAUACAAGGAGCUGUAUGAAAUGAUGCGGAGAGUGCAGGCUGAGCAGAUUUCCUGUGCCAAGGCGAUUGAUCAGGAAAUAGAGGAGGAACUUUCCAAUCUCUACAAGAAACGCUGCGACCAGAAGAAGCUCAGAAGCGAUUUGGAGAAGAAGCAUGAACAGCCAGCGAGUGAAUUUCUAGAGGGCAUCAAGGAGACAAUGAGAAAGAGCAGGUUAGAGACAUAUCAGCCUAUAGAUUUUGAUCCUCCUCCUCUGAAGGAGAAAAUGUGGGAUCUCGCCCUAAGAAACCUCUAUCUACAGAAGACCUUGAAAAAAUGCAGAGAGGCCCUGCCAGUGAGCCCAAAGGUGGAAAGAGCAAAUGUGAUUCUGGAUUCAGAGACGGCCUAUCCACAUCUGCUCAUCUCUUCAAGCAAGAAGGUGGUGACUCAUGAACCUUUGUACUUCCGUCCGGUGACUAGUCCUCUGGGUUUUGACACGACUCCUUGCGUGUUGGGAUGUGAAGGAUUUACUUCGGGGAAACAUUGCUGGGAGGUUGACAUAACCUCCUCAGGAGAAGGCUGGGGUCUGGGUGUUGCUAAGGAAUCUGUGACCAGGAAGGGGGCAAUUGCUGUAGGCCUACAGGAGGGCAUAUGGGCUUUGCAACCAGAAAUCUCUGCUCUGUUCUGGCAUAAGGCAGGCACCAUCCGGCUCAGGCUUUACCUAGAUUACGAGAGAGGGCGGCUGGAGUAUUUUGAUGCCCCUUCCAGGGAGCGGGUUGCUAUCUUGCCCCCUGCUGCUUUUGCCGGAGAGAAGGUGUUUCCAUUCUUCAUGCUGACAAAGCCUGAAUCCCAGAUGAGAAUAUGCUUUUGAUGCCCAGAGUUGACGGAUCUCCAUGUCUCCAAGUGGGAGGCUUGUUUGGAAUGAUUGGAUGAUCCAAUUUCUGUGUGAAUUGGCAGUAAACAAUGCACCAGGGGGAAAGUAGUAAGUUGUGAACAGCAGAGAAGUGCCUAAAGGGUCUGCAUCAGUAACCCUUCAAGAUUCCCAGGCAGAAGGGGGAGGGGAUCCGGAGGGGGUUGGAAUGCUUAGUCCGGAUUGACAAAGUGGAUCACUUGUUGGCUGCCUUCUGUGUCAUUAAUCUUUGUGAUGUGUUCAACACGACGUCUUGUCGAUCUCGAUACUGCUACCUAUGUUUAAACUUGCAAGCAAAUAAUAAAGGAAUAAAGUGUUUAUCUGAA